AUGAUAUUCCGUUAUUGCAGAUCCGAAGGUAAGCUUGAAACAAUCUUCAGCCAAACAACCACAUCUAACGGCGCUGUCUCCAGGUAUGCAAAUCGUUCCGCAAGGUUCAUGGAUGCAUAUACCAAGGGUCUUACAGGGCCACAAGCAGUUUGGGCGACGAGGAAAUAUCACAGACAUCGAGUCGUUCCGAAUUCUAUUUUGGAGGCUUUAGACACAGCGGGAAAGAUAUGA